AUGUACUCGACGCACUUAUCUUUUUCCAUUGUAUUAACUAUUUUUACCUGUAUUAGUUGUGCCAUCUGUGUGGAGGCUGAUGCUGCGAGCUUAGACACAUCGGUUACUGAUCUGUUACGGCAGUUGAGCUUACGGCCUCUACCUCUCAAUGGGUCCCUUACUAACAUGGCCUAUAAUUUACUCAAGUGUAUGGAGGUAGAAGGAUUUAGCAAUGCAACAUCAGUGAUAACUGACGAAGGAUCCAGUCUCACAAUAUAUGCCAACAGUACGCAGGUUAAUUCUACUGCAGUUAGCGCCAUUUAUAUGAGGUGCAGUAGGUUAUACGCUGGUACUCUGAGGACGUCCAUGCUUGUGGCGGAUGCCCUAGAUGAAGGUGACGUUUAUUACAGCACUCUAGGUGAGAUCCUAGCAAAAUCAGUACACUUACCACCUUUAUUUGCCAACCGGGUUUACCGCGGACAAGAUACAAGUACGAAUGAAUUGGAUGGCGAAACUACUAAAUGUGACCAUACCAGGGCUUGGUGUUACGUGUUUCUGGCUAUAACAACUGUGCUAGCUAUGGCUCUGUCUUUACGUACACUGACGUGUGCGAUGGUACCAACGAUCCCUUCUACACCUCAUGACAUAAAGGAAGGUCAGAGAAAGUCUCGUGCAUACUAUUCUCCAUAUUAUUGA